AUGGCGUCUUUCGGCGUCCUUUGGCUUCUUUUGCAGUCUAUGCUUUCUCAGCUGCUACUGACCACCCCCAACCCUUCACCUUCAUCUGAGCCAUCAGAUUCAUUGCCUGCUGCUGCUGUACAUGCACCACAACCCACCACAACUCCACCUUGUCCUCCUCCUCCAACGCAACCGCCCAAACGUCCUGAUCAGCUUGAAAUAUCAGACUCUUUGCUUGCCAAGCACAAGUCAACUGCGCCCAUCAUCGUCUGCCGGAAACGAAGCUCCAUUAUUUCAUCAAAGCCUUCUGCUGCUGCUUCUAUCUUUGAGAAUGUCCCGUUUAAUGAUGGAGUGUCUCUCUCCUUCAUCAUUGGGGUGGAAGUAAGUUGGAGGGCUUUAGCAAUAAUCGGAAUUGUUCCCUGCGCUGUGAUCAUUUUCGGUCUCUUUUUCAUUCCUGAGUCUCCAAGAUGGUUGGCAAAGACAGGACGCCAGAGAGAUUUUGAAGUUGCACUGCAGAAACUUCGUGGCAAAGAUGCUGACGUAUCUCAGGAAGCAGCAGAAAUCCAGGAAUAUAUAGCAUCUCUUGAGGAACUGAGAAUUAGAGAAUUUGGUAACCUGGCUGGGAUUGACGGAGGAGGUGGGGGCAGAGGAGAGCUCGAUUCUUCGGAGCUGUUGACCUCUGGAGUCUAUGCUUUCUCAGCUGCUUCUGGUUUCACGUGUCCAGGGCUCGAAAUGCUAAACAUGCAUGGAUUUUGUGUUGUGGUUACUGGCCUUGGCGCAGCCGUAGUGGAUAAAGCUGGAAGAAAGCCUCUAAUUUUGGCUUCUGCAUCAGGGUUGGUACUUGGCUGCGUCCUCAUUGCCACUUCAUUCUUUCUCAAGGUUCAUGGAUUGGCACUCAAGGCAUCUCCCAUCUUUGCGGUAGCCGGAAUAUUGGGGGCUUUCUCUCUAGACAUUGGGAGACUGGCAACCGGGUACGGUAGUGGAGCCUUUUCAUACGUUGUGAUUUAUUAUCCUCCUCUAUCAUUUGACUAUUUCAAGUUUCAACAUAUGUUAUUAACCAAGUUUGAUGCAAUAUUGACAAUAAUAAUAAUUCGAUGGCAUGCAAAUAUGAAGUCAGCUGGAGGAGCUCAAAGGUAG